ACAUAGAUGAAACAUCCUCAGUUUGUGACGUUUCAAGUGCUUUCUUUCCAAUUCUUUUGGUUUUACGGCUUUUUUUCUUAAAAACUCAAGAUUUUCUGAGAGGGAAUGUCUUCUCAGUGAAGUGUUCUAUCAAUCUAAUUAGAAUUGCCAGUCAGACAUUCUUUGUAUCACAGUUAUCUACUUCAAUAGGAAAAGUGUGAGGUUAUGUCGAAUCUUGAGACUCCUUCACAAUUUCCGGGCGAUCCAAAGGGUGACAGCAUCAAGGAGCGCCUGAAUUUGCACGUCAAGAGGCGCCUGCAGCAGGACCCACAGAGUUCAACUGAAUCAACCUCUUCAGCCCCAUGUUCUCCACCGAAGAAAAAGCCCUCCAAUGCCGGAGCAACAGGUGCUUCCCGGAACGGCAAAAAGAAGCGUUCCGUUGACAGUGGAGACGACCAAAAGGCAUCCGAGAGCAAGAAAAUACCCCGUGAGAAGGAGGAAAAAAUCAGCAGUACGGUGGAAAUCCUGCAGAUGAUUCUCAACGAGAAGAAAAACUCCCUCCUUCGUGAUCCGGAAGUCGUUGCUUUCCUCUCUGCAGCCAUCCGGAAGUCAUCUGCCUCCACCAAAACAUCCACACAGUGAUUGUUUAACAUUUUAUUGGGAUUUUCAUUUUGUUCAAUUAAAUAUUUCCUACUUUACAUGGGGAAAAAUCUCAUUUUUUUAUUUAUUUAAAUAAUGUCUAGUGCCCUAAAUUUGUGAUAGUUUUUGUUGAUUUUUUUUUGUCUUGUAAGAGAACAUCUUAAAAUAGUUUUUUUAUAAUAUAUAUUGUUAAAUAUAGUUUAUAAUUCUUCGACUAUAAUAUUUUCUAAAUUACCAUUCUAUUGAGAAAAUAAAAACAGAAAAUGUAUCUAUGAACAGUCAAUGGUCCAAAUAUUAGGACAAUUUUUCAUUGACCAUUAUUUUUUUAUUGAUAAAAAUAGAAACAUUCAUUUAUUUUGUUUUAGCUACUUUUGUUAAAAUUACUUUUGAAAUAUAUACUAUUUUCAUUUUAUCUAAA